GCUUCAGCGGGGAGGCGGCGGCUGGCGUUGCUGUUGCCCGGUGGGGAAUAAUUACCGGGAUCACUGUUCAGACAGGAAGCUGAAGAUGGAUAUUAAAUCCUUCAAAGAUGGUUCCCUUAAAACACUAGCAUUGAAUGGCUGAUGUUAAAAAGAAGAUUUCUCUCUAAGGGCUCUUGGAAUUAAACAUUUUAGCUCUUUAAUUUAAAAAAUGAAAGAUAUUACUGAAGAUCACCUGUAUCUAGACUACUUUGAUCAGAAUGAAGAUUGUAUUUUUCCUCUCCACACAUCUGUAUCCUUGUUUCUGUUAUCAUACUGUGACUGUAAGACAUUCAAAGUUUUUUUAGUAUCUCCGGGUGAAAAUGCUUCAGAUGCCCAGCUUAAAGACAAAGUUCUGCCAGAGGACCUGGACAUUUGCCUCAUCAGAAGGUGUGAACUUCCAUUGGUGGUCCAGAGCUGCUGUUUACCUGCUACUGUUGAGAAGAAUGGGACAUUCUGCCGAGCAGGACUCGCUGUGGUAUUGAGGCACAUAAUACAUAAAUCGUAUAAGUCUGACCCAUCAAAGGAGAACAUUUUGGAACUCUUGGGCUUUAAAAACACCUGUUUGAAAGCUUGUGCUGAAGUUAGUGAAUGGACCAGACUUUGUGAAAUCAGCAUUCCUCUGGCUGUUGAAAACUGUCUGAAGGUGUCUCCUGAGCAGCAUCAGAAUAUUCCAGAGGAGGUACUUCAGUUUGAAAAGAAGUUGGGAGAACCUGUAAGGGUGCACAACGAUGACAAAAUUCGAAGGCAGAAAGUUCAACAGCAAAAGACUUUUGUCCAAAAAGCAAGCAAUGAUGCUUCUUCACAAGCAGAAAGAUUUGCACAAAAUCUGGAAUCCUGCCCCGCGGAUCUGGAACUGAGAGUAGCUUUCUCUAAAUUAACUGUGCAGAAAAUGCCACUUGCUACUAACCGGGAGCCCUCUCACAUUAGGAAGAUGAAAACAUCGGAGCUCCCACUUUUGGAGCAUGUCUUUGCUGAAGGGCUUUAUUUCACUUUGGCAGAUGUAGUUCUCUUUCCAUGCAUCCACUAUUUUUUGGCUUUCAGCAAGAAAUACCAAGAGAACAUGUUACAGUUGCCUUUGAUAUGCCGUUGGUACCGGAGAGUUCAGGAAGUACCUGGAAUAAAGCGAGCUGCUGUCAAAUGCAACAUGCAAUUUUUCAAGUAUGCAGGAUCAUUCUCUUUACCAGAUGAACACCUGCAGAGCAUCUGCACAGCUUCUGAUGAGCCACAAGAGGAACAUGAAGAUACCCAUUUCAUAGGUGGACCAAGGCCAACUAUGAAAAAAUUAAUGGAAAAUGGUAUUGAAGCAAAGUUUUCCCCUCAUCCUUGCCCUAGGUGGGUCCUGGAUUGGGACAGUCUACCAGCAGCAGUUAACCCAGGAAAAGGAAAGAUGUCCAGUGAUCGUGCUUUGAGGAAACAACAACAGCUCAACAAUUUGGUGGCUUUGGUGACAAAGCUGGCUAAACCUGGAGAUGUAAUUGUAGACUUCUGCAGUGGAGGGGGCCAUGUUGGAAUUGUUCUUGCUCACUUACUAUCGUCAUGCAAGAUAAUAUUGGUUGAAAAUAAAGAAUUGUCACUAAUACGUGCUAAAGAGAGAAGCAGUGAACUAGGAUUAAACAACAUAUGGUUCAUCCAAGCAAAUAUGGACAAUUUUAAAGGAACUUUUAAUAUUGGGGUAGCAUUGCAUGCUUGUGGAGUGGCAACAGAUAUGGUGAUUGAACGUUGUAACAAAGUUCGUGCAGCAUUUGUUAUCUCUCCUUGCUGUUACGGUUUCAUUCAGAACACAGCCAAGUUCGUAUUUCCACAAAGUCAUCAGUUCAAGGAAGUGCUAUCCUAUAAGGAGCACAUGGUUCUCUGCAGAUUUGCUGAUCAGACAGCUGUCCAGCUUCCCCCUGAACGCAGGCAAAUAGGUAAACAUUGUAUGGGGCUGGUGGAUUUGGACCGGGCUUGGAGUGUGGAAAGAUGCAACUAUUCCGCCCGAGUGAUGUCCAUGGAACCUGAAACUUGUUCGCCAAAGAACAACUUGAUCGUGGGUGUCCCAGUUUAGUUCAAAGUGGAUUUUUCCUGAUCAAUUUGAACUAAUAAUCAUCCCUUGUGAUCAAAGUCCAGUAACGUUUGGAGAUUAAAACUACGCCUGGGAAACAGACACGACACAUCUUGAAUCCAUUGUCUCCAGAAAAAGGAAGCAAGAGAGGAAAGGGCUGCCUGCAAAGCUUCCUUAAAUCCUGUUUGAAAUGUAUGAUUAAAUGACAGCUGGUUCUUAGAGCAAGAAUCUCUCAAGACUGUUCAUCUGCUCCCACAGUAAUAGCAACUAAUAAAGUUUUUAAAAGCUUUAUUGCUGGAAAGGUGAUUCCCUUCUCUAUGAAGAUGAGCCUUGCAUGUUGGGAAACCUUUUGCAAAUUGUUGUGCUCACAGAAUUUGACAAUACUAACAAGAGUCUUGUCCAACUACAGAAUAGAACCAUCCGAGUUCCCCUUUUUUAAAGUCUAGUCACGCGCUUAUUGCGCAACCAUUUACCUUUUCUCUCCACAAACAGAGAGAACACUUUACAAAAUAGAUUUCAGGAUGCGAAGUCAUUUGUUUCCACUUAGCUCAAAGUACGUUGGUAAUCUUUUUCUUAGAAAACUAAUUUAAGUAAGAUACUUUGGGCCAAACUACAUAUUACAUGUAAAUGCAAUGCAGAGGAUCUGGGAGGCAUUAUUUCAAUGGAGGUGAGGGGUUACCCUCAGCUUCCCCCAUUGCCUUUUCUCCUAUGGGGAUUAAGAUCUAUGUCUACCCUUGCAAGCAUGCAUCUGGAACUUGAGUGGAAGGAGUAUAGUGGGUUGGGAGGAUAGUUGCAGCAGAAAAACACUCUCCCAGGCCCCUUUUCUACUCCAAAUUGCCCUCUUCCACAGUUGCUACAAGAAAUUGUACAAGAAAUCCUACAAGAAAUUGAUAUUUGGAUUUUAAUAUAUUUGUUCAUCUUUAAUAUGUAAGAAUUAAGGGCGCAAUCCCGCAUGAUCCUCCCUGGCUACUCAUAAGUCUCCGAACUCGGAGGCCUGUAAGUAUCCUAUGCAGAGCGGCAGGUGCACUGCUUCAGGAAUGGAGAGGGAAGGAGGCUAGGGUGGCUAUAGGAAAGUAUUUUUAUCACUUGUUUAGAGUGGUUUUCCAGGUUAUGAAGGAUUGCAAGCAAAUAUACAAAACUCUUCAAUUAUUGCGCCUAUACCAAUUGGAUAAGACAAAUGGUUCUUGAUAUAACCUUUUCCCUUUAAAAACAUAUGAUCAAGGCAACAGUCACACAGCAGAAAGGGAAGAGGGAAUGUUGGAGUUAGGCAUCAAACUAUAGUUAGGAACCCUGAACACUGUCAACACAUUCACAGCUCACAUGCUCCAUGGGGGGAAGAGAGAGAGAGAGGAGCAGAUGGCUAAGCAAAAUGGCUCACAGAUAAUCUCGUGUGCGUUGGUAAUGACAUUUCACAAGUGACAGGUCUGGAGAACAGCCAGCAGCUGUGAACAGCAUGGCGGUACAAAAUCAGGUCUGGAUGCCCAGUUGAAGUUCUUUAGCAGAUUAGACACGGGAGAAUAUCUUGCAGAUAGGUCACCGCCUACCCAAACUACAAGAGCAAGUUGACAUUGGAAUGUUAAGUAGAAGAUUUGCUGUGGGAAGCACCUGAUGUGGAUACACACACAGCCAAUAAGACAUUGGACAAGAUUGUUUCUGGGCAAGAAAUCAUCUUGCUGUAUCUUGUAGGACUUCUUGCAUAUUGCCUGCUUACUUGGCCUGCUUUAACUCAUUGUAAUUUGGCACAUGAACGAGCCAAGAGGAACUACUGCCAGUAUCACUGCUGAAUAUGAUUGUUUUACCUGCUACCACACUUUCAAUGCAUCUUUCCUCCCAAGAAUACAUGACCCUACUUAUUUCUGCCUGAAUUAUUUUCUCUUUAUAUCUAUCCUAAUGGUUAGAGAACUCCAUCUGGAAUUGGAAAUAUCCAGUUCGUUAUCUAAAAGUUGUGUUUUAUUCA